AUGUUGUCCGUCCACCGCCCCCGUCUGUCCCCAGGGUCCCCGUCACCAAAUGCUCCUCGCCCCUUUAGCCGUGCAUCGCCCUUCUGCCUGCGCACCCCUUAUAGCGACGAGUAUACUGUGGUCUCUGUGCACCUGCUUGUACUAGGUGUGGGGUGCUACACAGCAAGCCUGCAAGAGCUGGAACCUGUGGAAGUCAGAAACCCUUCCUUCGAGAAAAAGAGCAGCAUUUUCCACCGAAAUUUAUCUAAAAACAGGCUGGUUGAAGUUCCAAUGGAAUUGUGCCAGUUUGUAUCACUGGAAGUGCUUAACCUGUACCACAACUGUAUCAGAGUCAUUCCCGAGGCCAUCGUGAACUUGCAAAUGCUGACCUACUUAAAUUUAAGUCGAAAUCAACUGUCCACGCUGCCAGCCUGCCUAUGUGGUCUGCCUCUCAAAGUCUUAAUCGCAAGUAACAACAAACUUGUGUCUCUACCCGAAGAGAUAGGCCAGCUCAAACAGUUAAUGGAAUUGGAUGUCAGCUGCAAUGAGCUCCCGGCUCUGCCCCAUCAAAUAGGCCAACUGAAGUCACUGCGGGAGCUGAAUGUCAGGAGGAAUCACCUGAACGUGUUACCCCAAGAACUAGUAGAUCUUCCCUUGGUAAAGUUUGACUUUUCCUGCAAUAAAGUGCUGGCGAUUCCCAUUUGCUUCCGGGAGAUGAAGCAGCUGCAAGUGUUACUGCUGGAGAAUAACCCUUUGCAGUCGCCUCCUGCACAGAUUUGCAUCAAAGGCAAAGUGCAUAUAUUCAAGUAUCUGAGCAUACAAGCUUGCCAGAUGAAGACCGCCGACUCCUUCUAUCUUCACGCCAUGGACCGGCCACCUUCACACCAGCACGUGGAGGACAGUACCGAUGACGUCCACUCCAGCAAGAAGGAUUCCGACUCGGGCGUUGGGAGUGAGAAUGGAGACAAGCGGUUGUCGGCCACAGAGCCUUCUGACGAAGAUACUGUGAGCCUGAAUGUACCAAUGUCGGACAUCAUGGAAGAAGACCAGGUCAUCAACGAGGACGCCUGCCAGCACCGGAGCCCAGCGCAAGGAGAAUUUCCUCAGGAAUUUCCACUGGAGCCUUCCCUGUUGGGCGACGGCGACAACGUAGGAGAAGAGAGUGACCAGUUUAUUGAAGGAGCAGAUGUCCUCAGUUCUGAAUUCAUGAACUACAUUAAGGGCCGGGCAGAAGACUGCGAGGAACUACUGAGGAUAGAAGAGGACAGCCCCUGGCCGCCAGAAGGACUAGUAAAUUCAUCCAAAGCCCAGGGCAUGGACAUAGCAAUGAUCGAGCAGCUGAGAGAAGCCGUGGAUCUGCUGCAGGAUCCCGACAGGUUAAGCCCAGAUAUUGCAGACAGAAGCGUUGUCAACCUUUAUCCCGUGGAAUCAGCGGACGCUUUAGAAUUGCGCGAUGCUGCACUGAAUGGUCAGAUACAGCUGGAGGUGUCUCCGGGAUGCGAGGGACAGAAUGAUUUAACAUCGCAGAGUAAUGGAAGCCAGUGUUCUCUGAAUGAGAUGAGGGAGAAUCCCCCUGCCGUCUCUCCUACCACAAAUAGCGCAGCUCCGUUCGGCCUGAAGCCCCGAUCAGUAUUUGGAAGACCUCAGAGAAAUUUGGAAUCUGUAGACCCACAGUUUACAAUUCGGAGGAAAAUGGAACAGAUGAGAGAAGAAAAAGAACUGGUGGACCAACUCCGCGAGAGCAUCGAGAUGAGACUCAAGGUCAGCCUGCACGAAGACCUGGGGGCAGCACUCAUGGACGGGGUUGUCCUCUGCCAUCUGGCAAACCACCUGCGCCCACGGUCCGUGGCAAGCAUCCACGUGCCCUCCCCAGCAGUUCCCAGACUUAGCAUGGCCAAAUGCAGAAGAAAUGUGGAAAACUUUUUGGAAGCAUGCCGGAAACUGGGAGUCCCAGAGGAGAAACUCUGCCUGCCCCAUCACAUCCUUGAAGAGAAAGGCCUGGUCAAAGUUGGUAUUACGGUGCAAGCAUUGCUCGACGUCACCCUGCCGAAGGCUCUCUUCCCAUGAGGCCCCGCGCCUCUUGCAUCAGAGAUCCCAGAGUCUGCCCUCAGAGCCCAUACCCCUCCCCCCGCCCCCCCUCACUGCCUGUUGGUUCCCCCACUCUGGUUGUAAGGCCAAGGCUUUCAGUCUGUGGGAGGACUUCUGGGAGAGCUUUGACCCCUUCAGAACUGACCUCCGUGAUGUUCAGAGUGGAAGGGAUGUCUCUUGAAACCAGUGAGGUGGCUGGUUCACAAGGACUAACCACAUCAAUGCCUUUCACAAUUGUCUUCGUCCCUUCCGCAUUCUCCGGCCGCCAUUACCAAAGCACCAAGCACAACUGUUUUCACCAAAACCAAACCGGCUCUCUAUUUAGUGGGGGAGGGGACACCAUCAAAUUUUUCAGGACGUUUCUUGAGACCAUUGCCUUUAAAAAAAAACAAACUAUUUUUGACAUGCAGAAUAUUUAUAUGAAUAUUAUUUAUUAGUAAGUUGUUAUUCAUCCUUUGGAUGCAAAUUGUAAAUUAGGAGACUAUUUUAUUACUGCUUUUUUUGUGGUUAAACACUUUAUUUUACUAUUAUAAAUAUUGAGUUCUUUUCUAUUCCUCUUAGGUCUCAGUAAUCAUGUUUUCGGGUAUAAUGACUCAGAAAAAAAUUUUUUUAAGCAAAAGCAAAACGCGGUGCUUCUGUGACAAGAACUGUUUUCUGGGGAGACAUGAUUUACACUGUGGCUUGAGGAACAUGGGUCUUAUUUAUAGUUCUGCAUUCCAUCCAGUUUCCUACAUCCCAGCAGCUCAUCCCAGGGCAACGACCCGACUGAAAUCUAGAGAGCCCCCCAGAGUUGUUUGUAAAUAGCUGUGAUUUAAAAAAAAAAGAAAGACAUAUUAAACUUGAAGAUAAAAUGUGAACAGUUAUUUUUUGGAAUUCAUACUUUUUCUGCUAUGCACAAAUCCUUCCCAUUUUCACCACGCAAGACUUAAGAAGCGUUAGUAUCACAUGUCUUGAAGUGUAAGUUUGCACUAUAAUUUGGGUUAAGGCAGAUUGGGAGGAAAUGGGGAGGAAAGGAGAGAUGAGAAAAUGUCGAUGGCUUAACCAGGAAGUCUUAAGGGAAACUGACAGAGGACAAACCAGCUCUUUGUACAAAGGCCAGUUUCCGAAGGGAAACGGGUUCUGAGUAGAAGCACCCCUCUUAGGGUCAUUGCGAGUUGCCUUCCAGAGGAGGCUUGGUCUCAGCUGUGAGGCAGCAGUGAGCUGGAGGCGGGGAGCAGCGGGGAAGGAGAAGGUGAGGUAAGUGGCAUUCGCGAGGUGGAGUGGCCAAGAGGGGAAUGAGCUAAAGCUCUCGGAGAAGGACCAGCCACGGAAACUGGGUCUGAGCGAUGUGCCCGGGCUUCAUGGAACACACACUUGUCUAUUUUGGGCAGUUGGAUGCACGUACCCUCAAGCUGCUUAGAUGCACCCGACACGCGUCUCUGAGCGUCUUGUACAUGCCGGCUGCAUCCUCUUCUCUCCCACGCCACUGCGCAUUUUUCAGCAGGAACCGCAGCUUCAGCAUCUGAGACAAAUGUAAAGGGGACCGACCGCAAAGGACACGCGGAAGAAGGGACCGGCUGCAAGGAAUGCAGCACCGAGAUGGUUUAGGGGAACGGAACAAAACAGCCAUCGGGAUUGGCAGCUAGCAGUGGUGUUCUCUGCCAUGUGCACUUUAACAAAGUAUAUUUUACUACUUCCCUGUACUGCACAAAUGCUUGUGUGUCAAGUAGCGUACUGAUGUAAAGAAAGAAGAGUUAUUGAACAAAGCAGAUACGAGGUAAGCGACAUCCAAAGGUUGGUUCUAUAAAGAAGACUUUAGAUGGCUGCACCUUCGUGGGCAUUCAAAAUGCAGGGUCUGAAAAUAUUUUUUAUAUUGUCUAUAUGGCGACACGAAGCUCCAUUGUUUAGAGAAGUUUUGUGUUUUUCUUUGCAAGAUUAAUUUUCUUGAAGUGGACUGAAUAAUAGCAAUGGCUUCAGUAUUUUGUCGCACAGCAUUUUUAAUGGAGCCCUUUUCUGGUGAACAUGUUUCUCUCCUUGUAUACUGCUUAUAUGUGCAAUAAAUGUGCAUGGCCAGCUGACAGUGUCGUAUGCGAAUAGAAUGUUCCUAGUGCAAAUAUCCUUCCUUUUAUUAUUUAACGGUCAUUAAAACUUUGACUUUGUAUGAACUAUCUUCAGAUUGAUGCGUCCAUCUGAUACAGUGGUUAAUGCUUGUGGUUUAAAAAAAUAUAUAUGGAAACGUCAUAAUGAACACCUAAUGUGAUUUUAUAUCUGUAAACAAACACAUGUAUGUGUGGGUAAGUAAAAAGCAUUAAAAAUCAUAGAACCCCUUAUUAAACAAAAGUAUCCAAAUUUGAA